AUGAAGACACGGUCAACCAACCUUCGCGUGAAGUUACCUGUGUUUGUGGUUGUCAUAGAGGUGAUUUUUGUUGCCCUGUAUGCUGCCUUUGUCACCUAUGAUGAGCACACUGAUGCCAGAUUUCAGACUAACAAGACUAAUCCAAUGGACAAUGCCAUGUACAAGGACUACCCUUUCUUUAUUGAUAUACAAGUGAUGAUAUUCCUCGGCUUUGGAUGCCUACUGGCUUUUUUUCGACUCUAUGGCUUUGGAGGGAUGGUUUUUAACUUCCUCAUGGCUACUUUUGCCAUCCAGUGGGCCAUUCUGGUACAAGGGUACUUCCAGUUUUGCCAUGACGGCAAGAUCCACCUAGGAGUGAUCAAUCUCAUAAAUGCAGAAUUUGCAUGUGCGGUGGUGCUGAUAUCUUUUGGUGCAGUACUGGGAAAAACCAGUCCAUUGCAGCUAUUGGUUAUGGCACUGCUGGAGGUGCCAGUGUUUGCAGUCACAGAAUGGGCGGUGCUGAAGUAUUUGAGGAUCAAUGAUUCAGGGGGAUCUAUUCUCAUUCACCUCUUUGCCUGUUAUUUUGGCUUGGGCGUCACUUUUGUACUGUAUAGACCUCAUUUAAAUAAAAACCAUGCAAAGGAGAACACCACUUACCAGUCUGACAUCCUGUCUGUGAUGGGAACCUUGUUUCUCUGGGUGUUCUGGCCCUCUUUCAACUCAGCUUUAACCCUAAAAGGAGAUGACCAGCACAGAGCCAUCCUCCACACCUUCAUCGGCCUCAGUGCCUCCACGCUCACAGCCUUUGCUCUCUCUGUGAUGCUGAACAAAAAUGGUAAGAUCACCAUGGCCGAUGUUCAGAACGUGACCCUGGCUGGAGGCGUGACAGUUGGGGCAUCUGUAGAUAUGAUGAUAUCACCUGCAGCUGCGUACGCCUUGGGUAUGAUGGGCUGUACUGCUUGCAUGCUGGGCUACAAGUAUUUGAGCCCCUUCUUAGCUCGGCACCUCAAGAUCCAGGAUCAAUGUGGAAUACAUAACCUGCACGGUCUAACAGGACUUAUAUCCUGCAUUGCGGGGAUAUGUGCUAUACUAAUGGCUAAUGAAGAGGUUUAUGGUCCCAGUUUGUAUGACCUCUUUGCCAACAGAGCACCAGUAAAAGGGGACCCUAAACUGAAAGAGCUGCAGAUGUUGAUUCCCAGUUUACAGCCGGGCUUGGGGAGGACUGCCAAAGAACAGGCUCUCUUCCAGGUCGCAGCUAUGUUCUCCACCAUAGGAGCGUCUGCACUAGGGGGCAUCCUCACUGGCUUUGUUCUAAAACUACCGUACCUUGCAUCACCAUCUGAUGAUUUCUGUUUUGAUGAUGAACCAUUUUUUGACGUCCCUCCACCCCUUAAACCCAUAAACACAAUUAUAGCUGAGGAUUCUACUGCCUAA